AAAAUUCUGUUAUUUCCUGCUCAAAGUAUUGGUUAUAAAUGCACCAACACACAGGUUCCCAGGUCCACUAACCGGUUCAAGAAUUGGCAAAUUGGGGCUUCUUAUUUUUUAACGAAAUAUUAAAGUCGGUUGAACCGAGAAGAAAACGUCGAGGUCGUAGAAGUGGCAAGUGGUACAACAAGUUCAGUGUUUUCUCUCAUAUUCUCACCGAUCCUUUUAAAAUGAAACACUUAUUUACUCUUAUUUUUCUCGUCGUUAUUUUUAUUUGUGCUUGUUACACGGCACCUGCAGAUAACAACGACACCAACAAGGAUUCCAAAUCCGCUUUUGGGCCAGCUUUCGACGAAAUUGUAGUCGAGUCGCAUUUGACAGUUAGACGAAAAAGCAAUGCGAGACAAGCCCGUACCCAAAACGGCACCACCGAGGCCCCAAAAAUCAAAGCCAAACGCGAAAUAAGAAAUCCGCUCCGACAGCCCCCAUUCUCCGCAUCUGCAGCUAACUCUCAGUCGCAGUCUUUCAAUUCGUUCGGCCCUUUGGGCACCUUCGGAGCGUCCGCUGCGAGUUCCCAAAGCCAGAAUUUCGGAUUUGGGCCGAAUGGGAUUCUGGAAUCGGCGGGAUUUUCCGGGACUCAGCAAUACAUGUUUAAUGGACAAACCAUAGAUAUUGCAUUUGGGGGCGGUUUUUCGGGCAAUCAGGGCGCUGUUGUUACAGUUACAGGGCAUAAUGGCAAAAAACGACCAUUACGUAUGUGACUAACUGUACAGUUUUUGAAUAAAAAAUAAUAAAAGCUA